GAGUGGUAGAGUGCGAGUUGACUCAGUGUCGAGUCUCACACUCAUCACUACUCACCAGCGCCAUGUCCUCGCAACUCAUCAACUCAUCCCUUUCUGUUCACUCGUUCUUCUCUUCACUUUUUCUUCACAAUCCGACUCAAACAACCUGUUUUGUGAGGCUGGGACUGUACAUGGUGAUCACACGUGUGGAGUUCAAUCAUCUUCAUCAAAGAUAUUGAUCAGAGGAGGAAUGGUCGUGAAUGCUCAUCGUCAGGAGAUUGCUGAUGUUUAUUGUUUAUGUGGAGGACGGGAUCAUUGUUGCUGUCCACCCUAACAUCAAGCUUUUAGGAACGGAUCAUUUUGCUAUUAAUUCUACACAAAAAGCUUAUGGGAUUGAUGAUUUUCGAAAUAUAACAAUUGGGGUCAAUGGCAUCGAGGAGAGGAUGCAUUUGGUUUGGGAUACAAUGGUGGAAGCUGGGCAAAUUUCAGUGACUGAUUAUGUCUGCAUAACAAGCACUGAAUGUGCUAGGAUCUUCAAUAGAUAUCCCAGGACAGGAGCAAUUCUUGUUGGAUCCAAUGCAGAUAUAAUUAUUCUCAACGCAAAUUCAAGUUUUGAAAUUACUGCAACGUCUCACCACUCUAGAUCAGAUACAAAUGUCUAUGAGUGCAGGAGAGGAAAGGGAAAAGUUGAAGUGACUAUAGCUGGAGGAAGGAUUGUCUGGGAAAAUGAUGAAUUGAAGGUUGUUCCUGGAACUAAGUACACAGAAAUGCGUCCCUUUAGUUAUCUUUUUGAUGGAAUUGACAAAGCAGAUGCUCAGUACUUAUCUUCCCUUGGAGCUCCAGUAAAGCGUUUUACAUCCACAGCUUAAGUUGAAUGUAAUUGUAUAAUACCUCCUUCUGUAACUAAAUUUGAAGGAAAAUUAUACCCAAUAUUCAAGUUUGUAUUGAGUUUGUGCAGUGACAAAUAAAAAAUAUUUCAACAGCUGUGCAUGACCUCGCUAAAGAAAAAGGUACAUUG